AUGAUAAUUCCGCCCUCUUCCUGGCUCGAUUACGUCGCUAAUCUCGAUCGGCCUCCCGCACCUGCUCGACGACGUAGACUUUUCCCUCGAGCCGGUCGCGAUCCUCAGCGUCAGGAUCACAAAGCGGACAUGGUCCCCGCCCUGGACUGGCCGCAAUCUCUGUCGGGGUGCGAAGUGCUCGAGAGGCAAGCGCCGAUCAACAGCGUUCGGAAAACGCAGGAUCCAGUGGUCAACGUGCAGUUUCGUGGGUGUCUAGUAGACGCUGCGGGACGUUCAGGUGGUGACGAAUACGGGAACCGUGGUGCUGGAGGAGCGAAAGUGCGAGAAGUAAAGGGAGGGGAAGGGAAGCGAAGGGACGGUGGGGAGGGCGCUGCGCGGUGUAGAGGCGACUCGACCCCGCGGCACCGUAGGCGGCAGGGGGCGGCGGCAGGGCGGGGGAGGGUGUCGGAUCGAUGCCAGAGCCCAGGCCAACGAGCCGACGCCGUCACGAGCCUCGCGUCGUCGAGUGAUCCGUCAAAGGCACGCGCGAGCCUCGGAGACGACUAGGGAGAGAACCGAGGUGCGACAACUGCAAGCGUUGAGCUGGCAGGGAGAUACGAGGAGAAGUCGGGGCCCGGAGCCGUUUGCGAGGAAGUAAUUAGUGGGGUAACGGUCGGGGUUCGGGGCAAGAGAAAGAGCCUGGAAAGAGAGAGAGAACUCAGGUGGAGGAUAUACAAUUAUUACGGUGACACUGUACGAUGGGCCGCGACGUCGUCGCUGCAGGCCACGGGGAUGAGGUAGCGGCGACGGCGAGACGGAGCAACGCGGGGGCGGAGGAGGAGGCCGAGGCUGGUAUCCCCAGGGGGAGGUAGCUGAAGGCAGCCGGCGAGGUGCGGG